AUGGAAGUCAAGUUGUGCAAAAGUGACCUGUGGCGCCAAUUCGACGAAAUCAACAACGAAAUGAUCAUCACUAAGCGCGGAAGGAACAUGUUUCCAUCGCUUCAAUUCAAAGUAACUGGCCUUGAUGAGAAUGCUCUUUACCAAACAAGCUUAACAUUUGCACCGCUCGACGAAAAAAAAUAUCGAUUCAUGAAUGGCCGUUGGGAUCAAUUCGAACCAUGCGUCGAAGCCACUCAUUAUCCGCGAGAAGUGUUCAGUCCGGAGACUCGCACCGGAAAAGAUUUAAUGCGGCGCGGAAUCUCGUUCGAACGACUCAAAAUCACCAAUGGAGACGACGUUUGCUGUCCGUCGCGCGAACUGGUGCGUCUUCAAUCAAUGCGAAAAUAUAUUCCGAUUGUCAGUAUUUAUAGUGUUUCAAGAAAUCCAAUGGAACCGCCGAUAAGACUCUACCAAUGCCAAUUCAAUGAAACCAAGUUCAUCGCAGUUACCGCAUAUCAGAAUACGUCUGUAAGAGAUCUCAAAGUUUCAAAUAACAAAUACGCGCAAGGAUUCAGAGAAAAUGCUCAAAAAAGAUCAUCAAUUUCCCCACUUUCUACAACAACAUCCGAAGAUUCUCUAUCGCCGCCCAAUCAAAAGAAACCCAAAAUGGAGCCGGAAGCUGUUCUUGAAGUACAAGAGCCACCAAUGGGUGCUCAUCCUCACGCGUUCCCAAUGUUCGACCCGUCCCAACAGAUGUUUGCACCGUACUUCGCAACCUACCCCAAUCAGUUUCCAGUUAUGACUCCAAACUACACUUACGAUUAUUUUAAUCCUUAUAAUCAAUGGCCAAGCUAUUAA